CUUGACAACCUGUCUCACUCACGCCUGCCCAUAAAGAAACCACGGUGCUAGAAGAGAGACGUGUGUGGGAGGAUAUGAAGGAACUGUGUAAUGAUGUCAUAGUUGAGUAUGUGUCACAUAAGUGAAAAGUAUAUAAGCAGCAGUAAUGUUAAGUCGGACAACUGACACCCAGCACUUGACGACAGGAUCGACUCAACUCUGUUCGGAGUGAACCCAUUGACAGAUGCUAGGAAAGCUACUGAAGUCUCAUGGCAUCAUCAUUCGUCAGAGACAAAUUAACUGAGUGGAACCACAGUGACUUGAUUCAGAGGUUUGAAGAUGAAGAAGUCGAUGAAGAAGGUUUCCUCUCCCUUGAGGAGACUGACCUCAUCCACUUGAUCCCAAAAACAGGACCAAGGUCUAGAUUUAGAAAAAAUCACAACGCAUUUCUGAAGAAACGACAGCAAACCAAUGAUGACAAGAACAUUCAAGAGGCCACGUCUUUAUCAGCCUCCAUUAAGGACUCCAAGAGUUCCUCAGGAAAUGUUACUUGUGAGAUGAUCAAUCAAGUGCCUCGUCAAAAGGCCAUCAUAAAACCCCUCAGAAAUCAAACUUCUAAACGCUCAGAGAUUAAAACGUCAUUGGAUAAACCCUUUGGUACACUUGGAGGAAGUGUGCCCACAACUGACACCUCUGGAGUGGGAGAAACAGUGUAUGACCAGAGUGAACCCUCAACCAGUAAGAUACUCCCUCUUCCAGUGAAUAUCCCAGGCAAAAGGAAAUCUGAUGAGACCCAUGCAAACAAACAAACAAACAAACGUCAACAUGGUGCUGCAUCCAGAAUAACUGAAAUAUUUGAAACUGAAACCAAGACAGAGGUGAAGAAGAUCAUGGAAUGUGUCAAAAGCAAACUUGAUGAUCUGCCUUCUACAAAACUCAUUGACUUCCUCAGAGGUAAGAUCCAAACAUUGGAGAAAGACAAAAAAGAGAUAGUGGGUGUUUUUGGGAAGACUGGAGCUGGUAAGAGCGUCUUGAUUAACACCAUCUUGGGUGAGCCAAAAUUGCUGCCCUCUGGAAACCAAGGGGCAUGCACCUCGGUCAUGAUUCAGGUGGAGGCCAAUAUGACAGACUCGAAGUAUAUCGCAGAGAUUGAGUUCAUGACAGAGGAGGAAUGGAAAGAGGAGCUAGAAUCCAUCUUCAGAGACAGAUCUUAUAAGGAUGGAAAUGAAGAUCAGGAAAUGGAUGACGACGAUGAUGACAUUGAUGAUGAAAAUAUAUCAGCUUUGUAUGGAAAAGCUGGAAGUGGGGCAACCUUAGAAGAAUUAACGGACAGGAAGCACUUCAGAGAAGUUCCAGAGUUCCAUUUAUCAGUCAAGAAAAUAUUUAAAUGUAACACAGCUGAAGAACUCUCUGAAAAGAUAACUUGUUACACACGGAGUGACACACAGAGUGAUACAUUUAAAAGACAGUAUUGGCCGCUUGUGAAGUGUAUAACCAUCAAGGUGCCAAACUCCAAAGACCUGCUGGAGCAUGUUGUGCUUGUUGAUCUUCCAGGCAAUGGAGACUGCAACAAGAGCAGAGAUGAGAUGUGGAAAUCAUUUGUUGGAAACUGCUCUGCUGUGUGGAUUGUAAGCGACAUUGCACGAGCAUAUUCAGAAAAGGAAUCAUGGGAUAUUUUAGACAGCACCGUUAGCCUCUUUGGACCUGGGGGAGAAUGUCGAAGCAUCAGUUUUAUCUGCACCAAGACAGACUACAUUGAUGAGAAUCAAAAGGCUGAUGCACACACCUGUAUUUUGCGCAGAAAUGAAACAACCAAGAAGCAAGUGAGGGACAAGUUCACCAAAAAAAAAGAAAUUAAGAAACACUUCAGUGGGGGAAAGGAUUUCCUUCAGGUGUUUACUGUGAGUUCCACGGAAUACCAAAAUAAAAAUUAUUUGCAACAAGAAGAGACAGAAAUACCCAAACUUCAGGAAUUUCUCAGAAAUCUCAAUGAUCGUCGCACAAAGAUUUCAGAUUAUGUUUCUGGAGCCUAUGGGAUCCUCUCUCUGAUACAAGGAGCCAAAAGCAGCGACAUGACAGACAUCAAAGAAGAGGUGUGCCAGGUUCUGGAGGAGAGGCUCAAAGAUGAGAUCAAGUCCAUUGGUCAAACUAUGGAUAAGACUUAUACGGCUUUUGAACAAUGCCUCUCAAAAGGAGUUAAACAGUCUGAAGAAUCAUGCGAGAAAUUAAUGAAUAAAGUGAUAGCACCAAAAGGGAAAAAAGGCAGUGGAUAUCAUAAAGUUCUGAAGUCUUUAUGCAAGAAUGGCGGCGUCUACAAACCAAAAGGGAGAAGGGAAAUAAACCUUAAUGAGAGUUUAGCCUCAUGUAUGAGAAGUCUAAUUGAUGAAAAGUUUAAGACAUUUUUCCCAAACGAGGGCAAACAUGGCCCAAUCAUGGAGCAGAUUGAUAAUUUCACCCUUGACACAAACAGCUUGUUUGGGGAGCACCCGGAAGUGUCACUGCAUCUGACAUUCCUCAAGACAGAGGAAACUGAGUUGAAGGCAAAACUAAUCUGUGACCUCCGUGAGAAAAAAAAGAAAUUAUACUCCACUUUAUCCGAGUCAAUCAAGGACUCCAUGCAUCGAUGCUAUAUAAGGGCAUCAGAGCAGACAGGAAAAUAUGCUCUGAAACGGAUGAAAGAUGAGCUACAUCAUCACAUGAAGAAUAACAACAUUUUCCAGAAGGCCAAGGAAGAUAUGCUGAAAUGUUUAACCAACCUGAAGGAACACAUUGUGAUGCAGCUGAAGUGUAAACUACAAGAGUCAAUGGAUCUCUCACUCAAGACCCCCAACAGCGCGUUCCUCCCAGAUGAUGUCACUGUGGAGUAUAACAAGAUGAAGAUGUGCUAUGAGAAACUGAUGGGUUGCUCUCGUGUCACUCCAAGAUUGGAUUUCCACACAAAUACUACCACAUUUGAAUCGCAGUCUGGGAAUGGAAGGAAGAGUGUGCAGGUGCCAACAGGUGUAACAAUGUUAACUUCUGAGAUUGUAAGUUCUUUGACAACACAUAACCGCAAGCCUACGUAUAGGCUCCAAUGCCCCAAGUCAGGUCUUUUCCAGUGCAGUUCCACUGGACUGGUGUUUCUGAUGGAAGGGAAGGGAGAUGUGGUUUACAAGGUGACUCAAUGGGACAGCAGCCUCCUGGGCUCCAUGACACCAGCAGGUCCCCUAUUCAGCAUUGACUGUCCUGAGCAGUGUGUCCGCCAACUGCAUCUCCCACACUGUAUGUGUGAUGAGAAGGAUGACAAUUUGUCCGUGGUCCAUGUUACUGAUGGCAGCAUGGAGAUUGUUCAGCCACUCAAGACGACUGCUACACAUGUGAUUGUAACCAUCACACACCUCUCCCUCUUUGGCCUCAUCAGGGAUGUGUUCUCCUUCCUCCCGGUCCGAAGCCAGGUGCUGCUGUUCCUCCAACCACAAGGGAACAGACCCCAGCAGCGCAUACUGAAUGUUUUUUUGUUGCCCAAAAAUGUGCCACUUUCUAAGGUGGAACAUCAACAGAGGGGGAGUACUUUCAUUCAAACCAGCUCCAACUGCACAUUGACUCCUAGAGGAAAAUAUGGUCUCUGCUGUGAGCUGGUGGCAAAUACUACCAUACAGCCAAAAAGUGGGCAGUUUGACUGUGACUAUAGCCCAAACUUCCACCCCACAUUUCAGGUGUUUUUGGACUGCAUGUCGGGUGCAGAGAACAUCAGACUGAGUCUUUUAGACAGAGGAAGUUACAACCAAAGAGUGUGGGAGUGUCUAAUUCCAACAGAUUUCGAACCACCUCAAGUCAAUCCGAUCAACCCUAACCCAGGUGCUGAGGCAGAACUGAACCAACUCUUGGGUGAAGCAUUUGUUGAUGAACAUAUGGCUGAUCUCAUUCAGAGGGUCACGAUGGUGCUGCCUGUAGCAGAUUACCUGUUUACUGAGAACAUGAUCCAACAGGAAAUGUACACAAGAAUCCGCAGUAAAUAUACUAGUCAGGAGCAAAUGAGACUGGUUUUUGAUGCUGCACGAAGAGGAGGAAGAAGAGUGAAAUCUGCCAUCUACAAUUAUCUCCAAAUCCAUGAACCUCAUCUUGUCCAGGACCUGGCAGCAGCUUACCACUGAUGAAUGGGAUGGCCUGGGUUGGUCCUCGGCCGCUGGACAAAGGGCAGCAAGCGGUCCCUCUUCCAGAGCAGGAUGUCAGAAUACUACAGUUACGAUGCUCCUAAUCUGCAUUGGAGUGUUGGGAGAUAUGACUGACAGCAGAAAGUCUAUGAUGAUUUAAAGUGAAAGCUUCCUGUGAAAUCUAUCGUCUGCUAUAGUAGUUUGUUAGACUGGAAAUCCAGUGUGUUUGUGCUAACAUUCCAAUCUUUGAAACUUCUUGUCAUGCCAAACAGUCUGGCUGUAUGGCAUGACAAGAAUCAGUCAAAAUCAAAUAUACGUGUUUUCAUCACUGGCACAGGAUAGUGUGUGUGUGUGUGUGUGUGUGUGUGUGUGUGUGUGUGUGUGUGUGUGUGUGUGUGUGUGUGUGUGUGUGUGUGUGUGUGUGUGUGUGUGUGUGUGUGUGUGUGUGUGUGUGUGUGAGAAUGAAUUAAUGAAUGAAUUAAUGAAUGUAGGUGUGGGAAUGUGUGAAGUGGUGUGUGUAGAGUGAUUGCAGGUAGACAGCAAGUGACAAGUGAUAAGCUGUUCAGAGCCUGUUGCUCCGAGAUCUGAUGCUCCGGUAUUGUCUGCCAGAUGGUGGUGGAGAGAACAGACUGUGGCUAGGGUGACUGAAGUCAUUGGUGAUCUUCUGGGCCUUCCUCAGACACCGCCUGGUGUAGAUAUCCUGUAGACCCGGGUUUUCGCCCCCAGUGAUGAACUGUGCAGACUUCACCACCCUCUGUAGAGCCUUGCGGUGGAGGGCGGUGCAGCUGCCGUUCUAGGCGGUGAUGCAGCCUGUCAGUAUGCAGCACAAUGGUGCAUCUGUGGAAGCUGGUGAGGAUCUGAGGGGCCAUGCCAGGUUUUCAGCCGCCUGAGGAAGAACAGGCGCUGGUGUGCCUUCUUGAUAAAUGCAGAACCGUUCCCACAAGGAGUGGAAUGUUAUCACAAACACGCCAGAUUUCUUCAGGCUUCUAGUGUGUCCUACAAUAAUUUGUAACCAUGUUCAUUUUUAAAUGUCUUGUGUCUUCGUCGUUAGAUUGGGUGGUACAUUUUCAAAUUUUUCUCAUUUACUUCUAUUAAUGUGGUGAUUAUAAAUUACUCUUUUAAUGUUGAAAUGUUGACUUGUAAUGCCAUCCAGUUUCUACAAAUGCGUUGAACUAUAAGGGUGUAUGUUAUUAAUAGUCCAGUUUGUAUGUUUCUGACUGGCUACUCUUGUUCUCUGGUGGUAGCCACCAUGAGUAGUUCUGUCCUUGAGCUGUUCUUGUCUAUUGACGCAUUGUAUUAUGACAUGUUUUGUGUGGACCCCAGGAAGAGUAGCUGCUGCUUUUGCAACAGCUAAUGGGGAUCCUAAUAAAUUACUAAAUAGAGGGAAAAUUAAAUCCUAGAGGAAAAACUUUAACCUUGUGAUUGUUGCUGUUUACCAACAUUUCCAUUCUAUUUCUCUGAAAUGUUGCCUUACUCUACUUUUGGAAUAGCAAGCCUCUCUAGAAAUGGUGUAGUCAGAACAUUAUAUGCAAUUUUGGGUGUUGUCAUGUAUUUUUCUGUUUAGUGAAUUGGUCUGAAUUUUCAUAUCUUAUCACAAAGUCCUUUAUUACACAGAUAUUUGAAAAGUAUGUCUGCUAUUGAAUGGAUGCAUAUUCCUUGAGCUAUUACAGUUAUUCAAUUGUUUAUUUUUAUUUUAGUUUACCAAUCAUAUGCUGUUGGUUCAUAUUCAUUAAUUCAAGGGAUUGAUGUGUCUAUUGUUUCAUGCUUGACUUUUUAAACCUUUUGUGUAGUAAUAUUGGUUAAUCAUUUUAUACAUGUUUUUAUGCAGAAAUACAAUAUCUGGAUAGGUUUCUUUCCAAAUGACCAUUUAACCAAAAUGCGUAAAUGAUGUUGUUAUAACCUAAUUUUCUAUUGUUGAGUAUUGUUGAGUAUUGUUUAGUGUUGUUGAGUAUUGUUGAAUGAUUCCCUGCGAUGUCCAUUGCGGGGAAAGGGGAAGUUUGAAAAUCAUGUCCUCUUAUGGGUUUAUUUCUGGAUAAAUAAUGACUAUAAAUA